CAGAGAGGCUUUCUUUUCCGAUUCUCUAUUUCCUUUCCUCAUUCCCAAUCUCCCAUCCAUCCCUAAAAACAACUGGCGAGAGAUCGAUGAUGAUGAAGAUGUCUUGGAGGAGGAAGAGCUGGAGCUUCCAUCUUCAGCUACAAGGGGCAAUUGGUACCAUUCAAUCUCCAUUCCUAUUCUUAUUUACCAAUUAUUGCCAUUCUUCUACUUCCACACUUGAAGAUGCACGCUUCUUGACAAAUAAUUUCAAAUCUGCUUCUUUUACCCACCUUGAUGAUGCCAUUGCUUCCUUCAAUCAUGUAAUUCAUAAGCAUCCUCUGCCUUCUAGGGUUCCAUUUAACAGAUUCUUAUCUGCCCUUGUGAAAAUGAAACAAUAUCACACUGUCUUUUCCAUGUCCAAAACAAUUGAAUUGCUAGGAAUCUCACACGAUGUUUAUUCUCUUAGCAUCUUAAUUAAUUGCUUCUGCCAUUUACACCUUGUGGAUUUUGGCUUCUCUGUUUUUGGUAAGAUGCUCAAAUUCGGAUUGGAGCCUACCACUGUGACAUUUACUACCUUAAUUAAUGGGCUUUGUAUAGAGAGUAAAAUCGACAAAGCAAUGGAAUUUUUCGAUGAUAUGGUUGCACGUGGUUAUCAACCUGAUGUUCGUACUUUCAAUGUGAUAAUAAACGGAAUGUGUAAAUUUGGGAAAACAAAUAUGGCUAUUGGGCUACUAAAGGGAAUGGCUGAUAGAGGUUGUGAGCCAGAUGUUGUGACAUACAGUGCAAUCAUUGACGCCCUUUGCAAGGAUGAGCUAGUUGGUGAGGCUUUAGAGCUCUUCUCUCAAAUGAGGAAUAAGGGCAUUUCACCUGAUGUCAUCACUUACACUGGUUUAAUUCACGGUGUUUGCAAAUUAGGCCAAAAGAACCAAGCUCUGGCCUUGAUGAAUGAAAUGGUGGAGCAGAACAUAUUACCAAAUGUUUAUACCUUCAAUGUAUUGAUUGAUGCUCUUUGUAAGGAUGGAAUGGUUUCAGAGGCUCAAAAUACAUUCAAUGUAAUGAUUCAAAGAGGUGUAGAGCCUGAUGCGAUCACAUACACAUCCUUAAUUGAUGGUCUUUGCAUUUCAGACCAAUUCAAGGAAGCUUUGGCCUUGUUGAAAGAAAUGGUGGGGAGGAACAUAUCCCCUAAUGUUUUUACCUUCAAUAUAUUGAUCGACACUCUUUGUAAGAAAGGACUGGUUUCAAAUGCACAGAAUAUAAUCAAGAUAAUGAAUCAAAGAGGUGUGGAACCUAACGUUGUCACUUAUAGUUCAUUGAUGCAUGGAUAUUGUCUAGGCAGCCAAAUUGAUAAGGCUAGAAAGCUAUUUGAUCUGAUGGUGACCAAUGAAAUAGCUGACGUUUUUAGCUACAACAUUUUGAUCAAUGGAUAUUGUAAGUGCAAAAUGAUAGAUGAUGCAAAGCAGAUUUUUGAUGAAAUGUCUCAUAAAGGUUUAGUUCCUGAUGCUGUUACCUAUCAUACUCUUAUAAAGGCUAUGUUUCAAGCAGGGAGGCCCCAAACUGCAAAAGUGCUCUUUAAGGAUAUGUGCUCUCAUGGUCAACAGCCAAAUAUAGUAACCUUCUCAAUUAUGAUUGAUGGCUUGUGUAGACAGGGGAAUCUCGAUGAGGCACUCACCCUAUUGAAAGCAAUGGAGAAAAGUCAGUUGAAGCCUAAUUUUGUGAUCUAUAGCAGUCUGAUCAAUGGACUCUGCCAACAAGGAUUAAUGGAUGAAGCGUAUAAGGUAUUUAAAGACAUGGAAAAGGUAGGAUGUUUACCAAAUAAUUGUUGUUAUAAUAUCAUCAUUCAAGGGUUUCUCAGGCAUGAGGAUUUACCAAAAGCAUCAGAAUUAAUCAAUGAAAUGGUUGAUAAGGGGUUCUCUGCUGAUGAUGCUACCAAAGAAUUGGUAGUACAUUUAUCGCGGAAUAAUGAUCUCAUUCUGAGGCUUUUAAAGGUGCGCAAUGAGGGAUCAGCAAACUAAAGUUGUUAUAUCUUGACCAUUCAAGUGUGUCUUGGAGCACAACUUGACAUGGACUAGAUCUCUUUGAUAUAAGAUUGUUGAUGAAUGGAGGUCAUGGAUUUCUAAUCAUCAAGUUGCUGGUACUUGCAAGGAUAUGACUACAACUUCACCUUUCUAACCAUAAAGGGUGCAGGAUAUACAGUCCCAGAAUACAAGGUAAGAAAAUCACUAGACUUCUACAGUUGUUGGUUGGAUGAAAUGUCACUAAAAUUAUAAACAGAAAAUUUUAUGGGAAUUGAGUGAAAAGCAAACGUCCUCUUUGUCAAUAUGGUAUAUAGCGGAUAUAUUUUAGUGUUGGACCACCGUUUGAGUUAUUUAUAUGGUGCAUUUUGCGAUACAUUUGUGUGGUGUUAUGAAUGUGAAACACAUUGUUUCUUACUGUUUGAGAUGUUAGUUAAGUUAGGCAAGAAAAGUUGUUUUGGUUGUUUCUUUUCUCCUUUCAGCAGUAUAUAACGAGACAUUUUAUGUUUUUACCACUUUCUAAACCUUGUAAUAUCCUUUUUCUUUUUGCUUGAUGCAUCUUUCUUGAA